CGGCUCGUGCUUGAGCAGUGACAUGCCAACGGCGUUCCAGAGACCGUCGGUUGGCAGUGAAACGCCUUAUGGAGUCAACCAAUUUUUCUUGAAUGACUGUAGUGGCUUUUACGCUGAGUCGUCACCGGAUAGUCUGCCUAGGCCGUUACUUGGUUUCGAGCCUUGUUCCGAUACGAUGAGCAAUAACAACUUGACCGCGGUUCAAGCACAGAUGGAAUCAAUCAGCAUCCAACAAGAGAGGAAUGCGUUCUUUCAGGAUUUCCAAGGCAUGCCGUUUAAUACAACUAUUGAUGACAGACAGUCUUAUAUUGAAACUAAGGAUGCAUUUGAAUCUAGCUCAGAGUCGUCGUUAAAGGAUACAACACAAUCGGUGGAGCAGAUCUCCCAGAGGGACCUCAAGACUGCGGCAGCGGGCUUCAGUCUCACUACAGUGAAUUAGAAUGACAGGAAACUGUUUUUUGAGUUUCUGAUAGGGUUUUCCGUUCUAGCUCUCUUCUUUUUGUCAUAGUUUU